AUGAGAAAAACAUCACUUCUUGCGGUGGCCUUGUUUCUUCAGAAACAGUUCAAAGACGUGAAGAAAGCCCCGAUGCUACGCCGACACUCCGCCUUGGACGUAUGCACACUAUCACAUUGCUUUCCCUCACUGUCAUACCACUCCCUCAUCUUCUUUCCACUUUCAGGCCCUCCUCUCCAAGCGCAUUGUCGAGCGGGCGUCAGAAAAGCGCCGCCAUUCAGCGCCAGCAGUAAGCAUUGGCACACGUUUUGUCGAGUAUGGUCCCUCAUGUGAUAUACUCGCUUCCAGGCCGUUGACCCCGACCACCACCAGGAGCAGCAGCAACAGCAGGAGCCCUUCCAGGCCGUUGACCCCGACCACCACCAGGAGCAGCAGCAGGAGCAGCAGCAGCAGGAGCAGCAGGAGCAGAACCGCAGGCAGCAGAAGGUACGGAUAAAUGACUCUACACAUCUCACCACGCAGCCACGCUUUCGUACUGUCUCGUCGUGACUUUGUAUCUGUCUGUCUGUCUGUCUGUGUCUGUCUGUGCGUAUGUAUUCAGCGCACGGGCAGUCCCUGGGUGGACGCCCUGCUGCUGGUGGGUUUCGUUUUCUCGCCCCAGUCGAUUACAUGUAAGGCCCCCCAGAGGUCGAUAAAGGAGCUCAACAAGGCCAGCAGAGGUAUGCACACUGUCAUUUUCCCUGCUGUCGUUGAGGCUCCACUGUUGUUCAGGCAAGCGCCGCCACUUGUUGUUCAGGCUGGUGCUGUGGAGCGGCCACAUGUGGCCGGCCCUCAAGGGGACUGCUUCAAGCCUUUCUUCAGCCGAUCGCUACCUGCAUUUUAUAUCGUCGGCAGUGCAUCUACUCCCAUACGUUUGCCUUCUUCUCUUACUCCUGGAGCAGCUCACGUCCACACAGAAACAGCCCAUGCUCCGCCGACACUCUGCUCCAAAUGUAUGCACACUAUAACAUUACUUUCCCCGAUCUUCUUUCCACUUGCAGGCCAUCUUGUCAAGGACGCUGGUCCAGCAUGAGGUCGCAAAACGCCGCCAGUCGGCCCCAGUGGUGAGCGUUGAGAUACGUUCAUAAUCGAGAAUGGUCCAUGAUAUGAUUUACUCCAGUUCCAGAGCAGACCAGUAUAACCACCAGCAGCAAGAGCAGCAAAAGCAGCAGACGGUAUGAAAGAAUGAAAGAAAAGGCGAGAAUGACUGUAUGUGUGGGAGGGGCUGUUGUGCAUGUGCCCUGCAGCCGAUCGCUACCUACUUUUUAUAUCGGUCGGCAGUGCAUCCACCUGCAAAGCAUGAAGAGUACCCCAAAGUUGAUCUCUCAAUUGAAUCGAUGGAUUUCCUUAAACGAAGUGGCUGGCGAUGGCUCCGAGGGACAAGAGCUUGUCAUAACGGUGAGCACUGCUCACUCGCUGGAUGCCAACAGCGAUGAAAGCACGCAUGCAGACCCUUGAGUGCGCAUCAUGUCAUCCCUUUGUGUGUCAUGUCGUUCUCUCUAAGCGUUCGCGGCAGCGGUAAACAAGAAACAGCAGCCGCUGGACCACCACCACCAGCAGCAGCAGCAGGAGGAAGAGCAGAAGGUACGAAUGGACUCCACAUAUAUCAACCACACAGCCAUCCUUUCGUUGUGUCUCCUUGUCUGUAAUCAGAACAAGGGCUGGCCGUGGGUGGACCCCAUCCUACUCACAUGCUGGCUGCUGACGCCCCCGGGCGUCGAUGAUCUUUUCAUCGGCUUCUGCGGCGCCAGAAACUGCGAUGUCGUGCGAUGUCGUGCGAUGUCGUGCGAUGAGAAGUUGCUCCGAUUCGAUCGCAAGGGAGCUGAAUGA